AUGCACAUCGUGCCUCUUGCACCGGCGAUCACUCCCCGCCCUCGUCAGUGCCGGGGUGUCACAGGAACUGUGACAAGUGUCAAAGGACAGACUGCAUUGAAGACAACUAUUGGAUUAUCUCCCUUCCAAAUGGUCUAUGGAAAGGCAUGUCACCUUCCGGUGGAGAUGGAACAUCAAGCUCUGUGGGCUUUAAAAUUCUUGAAUUAUGAUCCUGGUGACACUAUAGAAAAGAGAAGAAGGCAAAUUAUUGAACUUGAGGAAAUGCGAUUACAUGCCUAUGAUUCUUAUAAGAAUUACAAAGAGAAGGUGAAAUUUUAUCAUGACAGGAAGUUGAUAAAAAAGAUCUUCAAUCCAGGACAGCAUGUUGCUGUUCAAUUCCCGACUAAAACUUUUCCCUGGAAAGUUGAAGUCCAAGUGGUCUGGUCCGUUUAUGGUCAAGAAUGUCCUUCCACAUGGAGCAGUUGA